CCAGCCCGACUUCCGGGUAACGCACCCUGUCCUGGUAACGCGCCCUGUACUACUCCCGCCUCCUGGGGGAGGGGGCACCCGACUUCUGCUUCCGCCGGCGCUUCGGGGCGCCGAGUGCGUCUCGUGCUAUCAUGGCAGCCGCGGUACCCGCGUCUGUGGAGCUAGGCUUUGCCGAGGAGGCUCCGGCAUGGCGGCUGCGCAGCGAGCAGUUCCCCAGCAAGGUGGGCGGGCGUCCGGCGUGGCUGAGCGCGACCGCGCUGCCGGAGCCCGGGGCCCUGACGUGCCCGCGCUGCGGCCGACCCCUCGCCUUCCUGCUGCAGGUGUACGCGCCAUUGCCCGGCCGCGCCGACGCCUUCCACCGCAGCCUCUUCCUUUUCUGCUGCCGUGAGCCGCCGUGCUGUGCGGGCCUCCGAGUUUUUAGGAAUCAGCUACCCAGGAAAAAUGAGUUUUACUCAUUUGAGCCACCUUCUGAGCACCCUCCCCCAGAAGCAGGAGAAUCUGUGUGUCUCCAACUUCAGUCUGGCACUCACCUCUGCAGGGUUUGUGGCUGUUUAGCCCCCAAAACAUGCUCCAGAUGCCACCAGGCACAUUACUGCAGUAAGGAGCAUCAGACCCUAGACUGGAGGUUGGUACAUAAGCAGACUUGCACACAAGCUCAGUUGAACCAUCCAGUUCCAGACCACAACUUCCUUUUUCCAGAAUUUGAAAUUGUAAUAGAAACAGAAGAUGAGACUGUGCCUGAAGUUGUAGAAAAGGAAGAUGACACUGAGAUUAUAGAAAGCAUGGGUGAAGCACCUGAAGAAGAAUUGGAUUCCAUGGCCAAGCAUGAAUCUAGAGAAGAUAGCAUAUUCCAGAAGUUUAAAACUCAGAUAGCCCAUGAAUCAGAGCAGAUUCUCAGAUAUGGCAGAGGUAUUGAGCCCAUCUGGAUUUCUGGUGAAAAUAUUCCUCAAGAAAACGAUAUUCCAGUUUGUCCCUGUGGUGCCAAAAGAAUAUUUGAAUUCCAGGUCAUGCCACAGCUGCUGAACCACCUGAAAGCAGACAGACUGGGCAAGAGUGUGGACUGGGGCAUCCUGGCUGUCUUCACUUGUGCAGAGAGCUGUAGUUUGGGCAGUGGCUACACAGAGGAAUUUGUGUGGAAGCAGGAUGUAACAGAUACACCUUAAAGCUUUAAAGUUACUGGUGUCUUAAAAGUUUGCAAUUCCAUCCUUAGGACUUUAUCCUAAGGAAGUAACUUUGGAUAGUUACUUAGUAACUUACAGACAAGGAUAUACAAACUUGUUGCUGGAGGCAUUGUUUUAUAAUGUCUUAAGUAACUAAAACAAAAAUAUCUACUGGCAGAAAAUUUCAUAAAUUUUGUUACAUCCAAGGUGGAAAAGAGUAAGUGAUCUAAAUAUCAUUAUAGAUGGUAUUCACGGUAUGGUAGUUUUGUAAAAAUAUUUAUACAUUGUAUAAGUACUUAGAAAUAAAAUUACAAAGAUACAAUAAACUGGUUACCUACAAAUGGAGAGACUGAAGAAAUGUAAUACCCAAAAAACUACACAACUUCAUUAGGCUGAUGAACUGAAGUGAUAGUACCAGAGUUGACAGGAUCAAGGAGCAUGGUGAAUUUGUCAUAAAAACACCUGGAUUUGAAGGGGCUCCACUCCAGAGCUGACCGAGGUCAUCCACAGGCCCUGCCUGCAGAGGAAGCAAAGGUGAAGCCAGUCUUCCCUCUUUUUCUCACUUGGGUGUGUCUCAGUCACCUUUGAGAUGAUGGCAAAAAAACAAUCACAGGACCUUUCUGCUUGGAACAGGUACCUUCAAGAGAAGACAGGUGGUGCAAAGCACCAGACAGAAAAUGUCACAGCACCUACUUGGCAACUGUUGCAAAAGAGCCACUACAUUGAAAAUUAAUAGUAGGAAAAUUUUUUAAAAAUACAUUAAGCCACUCCAUUGCCUCUAGCAGUAUGAAGACAUUUUU